UUACGUGACUUGACGUUUUUUCCCUGAUCGUUGAUGACGGUGGCAGACGGCGCAGGUCAGUAGCUGAGUGGUGUAACUGGGAGGAGGAGUGCCUGCCAAAAUAAUAUAAUUCCGCCCGGCGACCUGCUCUCAAAAGACGGAAAAACAACUAGACAAACGACUGAAGAAGAAGAAGGAUUUGAGUACUUGGAUCCUACCACCCUCCUGCUACCUGGUGGUGAUUUGUAAGCGUGUGCUGCCGUCUGAAGGUCGCCAGCUAGACAGCCAGAUCAGAAGGUCUCCUAGUUAAGGUUAUCACACCUACAGGCUUAUCUGCUGCAGCCCAAAGUUUCUUACCUUGUUGGACCAGAAAGAUUAGGCCGCAAUGAUUUGAUUACCAAAGCUAUCUGUGACCCCUUUGAAAUCCCGAAUGAAGACUCACAGAGAAGCGUGGAUUUUGAUGCUGUCGGGACAUACAGGUGUCACCUGUUCUGCUUGGCAUUGUUAAUCUCACACCAGCAUCCAACAUCUGCUGCACCUGAGGCAACUGAUCUGCUGCUACGCUCCCUUGAGCUGAUUUGCUCAAGAAGGAUCCUCUUCCACACAGACCACAAUGAAUCGUUACCUGCCGGUGGCUCGACAGCACUUCCUGGCUGCCCUUGCCAGCACCAGUGUGGUGGUCAAAACUAUAAGUGCUGUGGUGGUUCUCCUCUAUCUGUUGUCAUGGGCUGUCGACACUCCAUACGCACUGGGCGUGACCCCAGGCUACCUCUUUCCACCCAACUUCUGGGUGUGGACACUGGUCACCCAUGGGGUGGUGGAGCAGCACGUCUGGGGUGUGGCAGCCAAUGUUGGGACAGUCAUGGCUUGUGGGCGCCUGCUGGAACCUCUGUGGGGCGCUCUGGAGCUCCUCAUCUUCUUCGCAGUGGUCAAUGUGUCUGCGGGCCUCCUGGCAGGCCUUUCCUACCUCCUCACCUAUGUUGCCACCUUUGACCUGGACUAUUUGUUUGCUGUGCGCGUGCAUGGAGCAGCUGGGUUCCUGGGAGGUGUCCUGGUGGCACUGAAGCAGACCAUGGGGGAUACGACAGUGCUCAGAGUGCCACAGGUGAGACUCAAAGCAGCUCCGGCUUUGGUCCUCCUCCUCCUGGCCUUACUGCGCCUGUCUGGGCUCCUUGACAGCUCUGCUCCCCUGGCUGCGUACAGUUACGGCGCCCUGUCAGGCUGGGUCUACCUGCGCUUUUACCAAAGGCACAGCCGGGGUCGUGGUGACAUGUCGGACCAUUUUGCCUUCGCUAGUUUCUUCCCUGAGGCGCUGCAGCCGGCUGUGGGGCUGCUGGCGGGACUGGUCCACUCCGCCCUUGUGAAGAUUAAGGUCUGCAGGAAGAUGGUGAAGAGAUAUGACGUGGGAGCGCCCUCCUCCAUCACCAUCAGCCUGCCAGGGACAGACCCUCAAGACGCAGAGAGAAGGAGACAACUGGCUCUCAAGGCACUGAACGAGCGGCUAAAGCGUGUGGAGGACCAGUCAGCCUGGCCCAGCAUGGACGAUGAGGAAGACGAUGACGACGACGAGGUCAGAACCGACACACAGCCGCUCCUCCCAGGUGGGCGCGACCCCUCUUCCACGUCGAGAGCAGCAGGGGGACCCGUCGGCGCCUCCCUCUCCUCCACCUCCUCGUCCUCGUUGUCGCAGAGCGGCGGAGCGCCAUCCACAGGCGGAGCGCAGCACCCAGAGUCCAGCAUUAUCAGCUUCGAGGAUGCACCUUCUAGAUCGUAACAAAUAGAACACACGUGUACAGAUACACACGCUCUUUUCGAUGUCACUGGCAGGUAUACUAGUGUAUUCAGCAUCCCUGGCUGGUAUACGAAUAUAUGCAGUGACUAGGCACACACCCGAUAUCACACACACACAACAUCAUACACAUGAACACUUUGUCGAUGUCAUCGUGAAGCCCGAAGGGGUGCUAACUGUACAGUGCUUUCAAUUCAGACGUGUUGGUUGUAAAUGCUCAGUGUAGUGGGGCAACAUGGACAAUUAACACUUCUCCUCCUUCAAACCAGAAAUUCUCUCGUCUCAUCCGGACUUAAUCCCAACAUGCAGAGCUCUGUCCACCGCUUCAUGUGUCUCUUUCUCUUGCUUUCGACAAAUAAAUGACAAAAUGGGUGUACAAUAUUCCUUUUUUGUAAAUCUUUCUUGGAGCAGCCACAGUUGUUCUCAGAUUGCCUGCCACAAGAAAGCCGCCAGUGACAGAGACUCACGCCAAAUUCUUGACUCACGUUGGAAGGUCGACUGUACGCGCACCGGUUUGAUAAGCGCUGAAUAACGGCUGUGACGGACACUAGCUUUUGGUUUACUGGUUCUGAGUCUGUAACCAAGUGUGUAACGGAGGAAGCAUGAGAAGCUCUGACUGCUGGACCAGAGGAAAGAAGCUGCUGCAGGUCUGUCCUGCUAAUGGAACUGUCAUACAUGACUUCAAGAGUUGACGAGGUGUCAGGUGGAAAGAAUUUACUGGGCCCGGGUUCAGUUUGCCACCUGUUGUCUUUCUGUAAAGACAGGCAGAGAAAUCGCCCAUGUACCCCCCAUUUUUUGAAUCCCCCUAAUUGUUCAGUGGAGAACAAUUCUGUAUUUUUGAUUUUCUUCUUCUUGGUCUGUUCUUCACUCAACAAAAUCAAAAAACACAAAAACACUUGUUUCUGUGCACUAACAUGACAUGUUAUUGCCGUUAUACUUACGCAGAUCUGUGGACGAUGAUGAUCUUGUUUUACCAGUUAUGAGUUGAUUACAUCUUUUUAAGGUAACUACUCAAAGAGCCACAUCCUAUGCCCUUUUACAGCGACACCUUCUAGAUGAUUGGAAAUGAUACAAGAAUCAGCAGGAGCUGUUCAGUUAUCUGGGAGCAUGUUAUGCAGAGAAAUGUUCUGUCAUGGUUGUAUUAGUCAUUCAGCACUAUUACAAGUCCUGGAGAAGAGUAGAGAAACGGGUGCGUCAUGUAAAAUCAUACUGAUUCAUAAGUUGCAGACUUCGUAUCUGUGUCCAACUGUCAGACACUGACUCAUGCAGAUAAAUGACUCCAUAGACAUUGGAAUCCUGCACUGAUCAGUAGUCAGCCUGGUCAGGGUUUCCCAGUCACAUCGUUUGCACUUAUAACAUCUGUCAUUUCCAAAAUCACAUCGCCGAGCAUGGGCCAGCGGGAGUAAUUUUCAAGAGAGGCUGACAUUGAGCUAAAUUGUUUCAUAUAAAAUGCUUCGUAAAUUCUCUGCAGACCAAAAGGUCAGCGACUCAUUCGUUUCGUUGGCCGUCAUCGCUGUAGAUGUCGCAGUAUAUUAUGGUAAUGACCAAAUCAUUGCAUUGCCAAUUUCCCACCUGUCCCUGUUGAUUAAAGUUAGUGGCAGCCAGUAAAUUGUUUCAGACGUAGCAUUAGCAGUGAUGACAGGCUGAUAAAUUAUUUUUGGACGAAAAAUCGAAAUACAAGUGGUUAUGAAGUCAACCACAUACCUCUGCUGCACAUGUCCAACAAGGAGGAUAAAGAACAAAGGGUGAUGCCAACCGGCACGGUAAACGAAACUGAUAGAUAAAGUUGCAGAUUGCUCCCGCUGUUUUCCUAGGUUGCCAGUAAGGUCAAGAUAUGCUGUUACAUGUUUAAUUCAAAUGUAGUUCUUCUGUUUGUCUGAUAUUUGCUUUGUGAAGAUUAAUCUUGCAGUGGCCUUGCUGAUCAUUUUAUUUGCCACUGGGUCGGCAUACAUCAAACAGGAAACAGACCAAAUCAAUUCGAUAAACAAAAGACAGUGUGGUUUAUUUAUGACCUGUAUCGCCCUGUAUUAGUCAAUAGUGGGACAAAUCUCUUCUUUUGUCCACCCAGAGGCAGUGGCCUAUAAUUUUUCAGUUCAUUGCUGCAUGACUUGACCCCGAACAGUUUAGGAAUGUGUGCUCCUGGGAAAACGUGGCCCCACCAGAUCAGUUGGGGGUGGAAAAAGAUCAUGUUAGCAGUCUGGUACUCAAACUUUAAUUUCAUUUUGUACCCCCUAGAUUUCCAACCCAUCCUGUUGUUUUAAUCUGACAGUUGCUCCGGAUUAACUGUAUGAGGUACUGCAAAUUCAGAUUUAACACAUAGAGAUUGACCUUGGGCCAUCUUAUGUGAAGGCAGUGAAACGGACGCUUUUCAUCUGAUGGAAACGUGUUAUGUAUGGGAAGUGAUAAGCCAUAUUAAGAGUGAUGGAAUUCUGUGUGUUGUGUCCUGUGUUUCUCCUUCUUCCUUCUGCUCAUUUCACUGUGCUCUUAUUUUGGUGAGAAGUAGCUAACUUUGCAUUCUGUACAUCAGUAUGAAUGAGCGACGGUAUUUAUGCGAUUGGAUUCAGAGUAGAGCUGAGUCAGAGUCAAGGUUGCACUGCUGUCAAAUAUCUGAAAUCUCAAACUGCAUUAUACCAUCAAAAGUGUUCACACUAGCAACGGAGGAAAAGUGUCACACAAACUUGUAUAUACAGUUACUGCUGACAGUAACAGCCACUCUUUCAUAAUGUCAUUCUUGUGCCGUUUUACUUGCAAGUGACUCCGGAACUAGCAUGAUAUUUUUAGCUUAGCUGCUGGCACAACUCAGCUUGCAUCAUACAGUGAAUAUCAGCAAUGCAGCAAAACACAUUCUAACAUAGACGUCGGUGAUAACUGUCUAAUUAGUUGUGUAAUUUGAUCAGUGGAUGUUGUCUUUGGCAGUCUGAGGUUUCAGAUUGAGCCCGGCCGGUCAGACUUACAGCCACAUGUUCCCCCCCUCCAUCCUUGUUCCCUUUGUUUUGGUUUUUUUUCUGUAUUUUCAUGUAAACAUCCCCAACAAGAAGAAAAGAAUUCAAUCACAUGCUCUGUGAAUGAUGCCAAUUUACAGUUGGGGUAUGACAAGCUAGAAAAGCCACAGGCGAAGAUAAUGAAUGAUGUCAGUACAGUCACGGGGUUUGAAAGUGACCAAAACCCUUUUUAGUCAAUGAACACAGUUUUUGUGGUUUUGUUUUGUUGUGUUUUGUUUUUUUUCUGUACACAAAUUUCUUGUCAUCAUCAAAGACACACCAAAGGCAGGUCGGCCAUUUUCAAUCUUUAACAGAUGCUUUCUCACAUGAACCAGAGAAAUUUGAUUUUCACUGGUUGGUUUCCGUUCAGAUUGGCUGAUGAUGCAAGCAAUGAUAACCCAGAUUUGUCUGCCUCUACCUGGUGAUAUUGCCCUGCUCAAGUUUCUGUUUUAUGAAUUACCAAUUUCAGGAGUAAAUGGGCUUUUAAUGUAACCAGGAAAUAAAAUGUAUCUGAUGGUUUAAAUGCUUUGAGGCUGUUCAUUUGCAAGUACAGACUGAUUACUCGCAGUUAUUGCAGUGCUCAACACACUGCUACAAUGAAAGGUGCCUCUGCCACUUUGGCAGGCAACAUAUUACCUUCACAUCUAAUUGUUUGGUAAAAUGGUGACAUCAGCCUCUGAGACUUGUGUAUGGAAGCCCCAAAAUUAAUGACGGUUGACUUAUGAUUCAUUCACAGCAAUGUUUUUAUUUAAUAGUUUUCACUACUUUCAUUUUCCUUAUCCGUCACUACUUUUGCACCAACGGAUCUUGUUGAUACUAAUGAAAGUCUCUUUCCCUCUCUACUGUUGCUGUUGCACAGACCUUUUUCUGUUUUAGUUUUCAGAUAUAUUUCUUUAUCUCUAUAUGAAAUAAAAGACGAUUGUAUG